AUGACGACCAUGGACCUCCGCGUCGGUAACAAGUACCGUAUCGGCCGAAAGAUCGGAUCCGGCUCCUUCGGUGACAUCUACCUCGGCACCAACAUCAUCUCGGGCGAGGAGAUUGCCAUCAAGCUCGAGUCUGUCAAGGCCAAGCACCCCCAGCUCGAGUAUGAGGCUCGCGUCUACAAGUCCCUCGCCGGUGGUGUCGGCAUCCCCUUUGUCCGCUGGUUCGGAACCGAGUGUGACUACAAUGCCAUGGUGCUCGACCUCCUCGGUCCCAGUCUGGAGGACCUCUUCAACUUCUGCAACCGCAAGUUCUCGCUCAAGACGGUCCUGCUCCUAGCCGAUCAGCUCAUCUCCCGCAUCGAGUACAUCCACGCCAAAUCCUUCAUCCACCGCGAUAUCAAGCCCGACAACUUCCUCAUGGGCAUCGGCAAGCGUGGUAACCAGGUCAACGUCAUCGACUUUGGUCUCGCCAAGAAGUACCGCGACCCCAAGACGCACUUCCACAUCCCCUACCGCGAGAACAAGAAUCUGACCGGAACCGCCCGCUACGCCUCCAUCAACACCCAUCUCGGUGUCGAGCAGUCCCGCCGCGACGACAUGGAGUCCCUCGGCUACGUCAUGCUCUACUUCUGCCGCGGCUCCCUUCCCUGGCAGGGGCUCAAGGCCGCUACCAAGAAGCAGAAGUACGACCGCAUCAUGGAGAAGAAGAUGACGACACCCACCGAGGUCCUCUGCCGUGGCUUCCCCAACGAGUUCGCCAUCUACCUCAACUACACCCGCUCGCUCCGCUUCGACGACAAGCCCGACUACAGCUACCUCCGCAAGAUCUUCCGCGAUCUCUUCGUCCGCGAGGGCUUCCAGUACGACUACGUCUUCGACUGGACCGUCUACAAGUACCAGAAGAACGCCCAGGCCAUCGCCCAGGCCGCCAACAUGACGACUGAGGACGAGGACAAGGCCCGUGCCUCGCGUCCCGCCGCCCAGCCGUCGAGCUCCAAGCCCAAUGCCAUCCCCAGCUCGCGCCGCAAGAUGCUCGAGCGUGGCGCUGGUGACUCCCCGGAGACCAGCCGCGCCAUUGGUGGAAGUGACAGGAUGUGA